AGAAAUGCCUCCCACCAACCAAUCCACCCCGGCCUUCUCCCCCGCCGACGUAACGGUCCUCUUCGUGCUCGGCGGCCCCGGCGCCGGCAAGGGCACACAAUGCGCGCGCCUCGUCCGCGACUACCACUUCACGCACCUCUCGGCGGGCGACCUGCUGCGGGCGGAGCAGGACCGGCCCGGGUCGCAGUAUGGCCAGCUGAUCAAGGACUGCAUCAAGAAUGGGGCGAUCGUGCCGAUGGAGGUGACGGUGGCGCUGCUCGAGAAGGCGAUGCGUGACACCAUCUCGGCGACGGGCAACAAGAAGUUCCUGAUCGACGGGUUCCCGCGCAAGAUGGACCAGGCCUUCAAGUUCGAGGAGGUCGUGUGCCCCGCCCGGCUGGUGCUCUUCUACGACUGCCCCGAGGCCGUCAUGGAGCGGCGGUUGCUGGAGCGCGGCAAGACGAGCGGGCGGGCCGAUGACAACGAGGAGAGCAUCCGCAAGCGGUUCCGCACCUUUGUCGAGACGAGCAUGCCCGUCGUGGACCACUACGACGCUGAGAACCGCGUCGUCAAGGUGGAUGCCACCCCGCCGCCCGACCAGGUGUACGCCGAAACGCAGGUCAAGUUGAAGAAGGUUCUCGGGGACAAGUUGUGAUCGCUUUGGCGGGCUCACGUGGGAGCAUCCUUGCCAUGCCUCAUGGAUGACGGUAGACUUCCGGGUUUCCUAUGUAUAGACUAGACGGGAGCGAGCAUUCCUUGAUUUAUGUGGCGAUUUGUUACCUCUCUUUGUUCCUUUCCUAGAACGUUUGAUUCUACUGUGAUCUUCAGUAGCAGACAGUGCCUUUCCUCCAACAGAGGGACGCAUCAAAUGUCCCAGAUGCUAUAGCGUAGUGUAAUCCGCACCAAUUGCUGC